AUGACAAGUGAAACUUUUGGAUACUACGUAGGAGUUAUCUACAUUGAAAAGGGUAUUGAGCUCCUUAUACUCGAAUUUGAGCCAAGUCCUCUAGACAAUGCAACGGGCUGGCUAAGUGUUACAAUUGCCAUUCUUUUUACUGUCUCUGUUUACCUAGCUUCUGCAAUUGGUGGAACAACCUAUUUACCAUUCCGAUUACGACACUUGGUUGCAUACUUUGCCUUCAUCGCUGGAAUCCUUUUCUGGACAGGUUUCAGUCAUUUCCCUGAAAAUAGUCUAAGACGCAUUCCCAUAGAAAGGUUACCAAUUACUAAGAGCUUCUUCCCUACAAUGGACCGACCUUGGUUAGUUGAUUUUUGGAAUAUAGAAGUUCGAUGGGUAUUUGUUGGUUUACCUUUGGGUUUCCUUAUCACCCUUUUGUUUUGGUUUGAUCACAAUGUCUCCGCGGUGAUGGCACAAAGUCGCAGUUUUCCUGUCAAGAGACCGGCCGGAUUUCAUUGGGACUUUUUUGUUCUUGGUAUAACAACCUUUAUAGCAGGUAUCUUGGGACUUCCAGCUCCUAAUGGCUUGGUACCUCAAUGUCCUUGGAGCACAGAAUCUCUUUCGAUAUUCAAACAAAGGACUGUUAAUGAAAAUGUAGAGGACCAGCCUUCAAAAAGCAAGCCCUCUACCAAGAUAGAAAUUACCCGUCUUGUUGAACAACGAGUUGGGUUUUUAGUCGUGGGAGGAUUGACUUUGGCAACCAUGUCCAGGCCUUUUCUUGUGGCAUUAGGCACCAUGCCACGAGCUUUAUUUUCAGGUGUGUUCAUAUUGGUAGGUUGGACUAGUAUCGAAAAAAAUGGAAUCACCGUUCGUACGUUGGCGUUAUUUAGAGAUGCGGCUUUCGUACAAGGCGAAAAAUUGCACACUAUUCGUCGUGUAAAGAUAGCUCUCUAUGUCGGUAUUCAAUGGUUGUUUUUCGCGAUGACAAUUGCAAUUAGUCAAACAAUUGCGGGUAUCGGAUUCCCAGUAAUAAUUAUCCUGCUUAUCCCUACGCGACAUUAUUUGGUACCACUUAUGUUCAGUGCAGAGGAACUGGACGUACUUGAUGCACCCACUGCCAAUGCUGACGUCGUAUGGAAUUCUAUCGGCGGUAAGCCAGAAUGA